AUGCGCAUAGCGGCACUGAUUGCACUCGUGCAGCUGUCGCUCGCUACAGCUGUUUCAGAUGAACAAACGCUCACAGCGGCUGAGCUGAACCACGAAUUGUCCGGGGACAAUGUGCUCUCACCUUUCUACGAAAGCAGUGAGGAUGCUGGGGUCACCUUUAUAAGAGGGUCAAGGGCAGCUGACUCGCCCUUGUCGCCUGAUAUCGACGUGCAAUGCUCUGGCGACUAUAUCGACGUCACUGUUGAAUUCGCCGACAUUUUCGAUGGCAUCAUUUACAGUAAGGGUUACUUAAAUGACCCGAACUGCAAAUAUGUGUCAUUGGGCAACAGUCAGUCUCGGUACUCGUUCAGAGUGCCACUGAAUGGCUGUGGCUCCCGUCCUCUCUGCAAUGCAUGUGGUACCAUCGACAAUGUGCUGGUAUUCCAAGCUGACGACCUGUUACAAGGACCUCAGGAUUUCGCUCGCAAGGUGUCAUGUGCCCGCACUUCGCUGGAAGUGUCGACUGGAGUUGUCACGUCCAGAGAAGAGCACACUCUUAAGCUAAAACCUUUCAUGGUUGAUAUGCUUGAUGUAGUUGCUGUCGAAGGACCUGCUGGAGGAGUCGAAUGCUGGAUGGACAUCCAAAAAGGAGUCUUUCCUAAUACCACUCCACUAAAGGACUCGAUCAAGAUUGGAGAAUACUUGACAAUCCUUGUGUACCUCAAGGAUGUAAGGAAUCAAUUCAGCCUUAAAAUACACGAUUGUUGGGCUUAUGACAGCGACAGCUACGAUGGUCCUCGUACCAACAAGAUUCAACUGACUGACAAAAACGGAUGCCCCAAGAAGAGGAAGCUGAUUGAUCUCUGGCAAAAGACUACGAACACAGGCAAGAGCGGUGCCACAUUAAUUGCUUACAGCAAAGUGAGCGCUUUCCGAUUCCCUGAAACCGAUCAAGUUUACUUAACUUGUAACGUCGAGUUAUGCACAAACAACUGCGACUCAAACUGCGAUGGAGUCAUCACGGAAAUUUCUACAACGAUCAGACCAUCACAAUGUUACCCUGGAUCACGUGAUCCUGGAUGUCAACGUAUCACAGUUGAACCACAAUUAAAGUGUUACCCUGGCUCACUUGAUCCCAGAUGUCCUCAACAGCCAACACCAACGACACCAAACUGUUAUCCAGGCAGCACCGACCCACGGUGCCCAUCACCUACAACUGUUAAACCAGUUUGUUACCCAGGCUCACCUGAUCCUAGAUGCCCACAACCUCCAAAGCCGACUACACGUAAUCCCCCUACUUAUUUGCCUCCGACAACUCCAGAGCCACCACGCUGCUUCCCUGGUUCAACUGACCCUAGAUGCCCGAAACCGACAACUCCUGAGCCACCACGAUGUUUCCCUGGCUCUACUGACCCAAGGUGUCCCAAACCAACGACUCCUGAGCCACCACGCUGUUUCCCAGGCUCAAUUGAUCCAAGGUGCCCCAAACCAACGACUCCUGAGCCACCACGCUGCUUCCCUGGCUCUAAUGACCCCAGAUGCCCCAAACCAACGACUCCUGAACCUCCACGCUGCUUCCCUGGCUCCACUGACCCAAGAUGCCCCAAACCAACGACUCCUGAGCCACCACGCUGCUUCCCUGGCUCUAACGACCCCAGAUGCCCCAAACCAACGACUCCUGAGCCACCACGCUGCUUCCCUGGCUCUAACGACCCCAGAUGCCCCAAACCAACGACUCCUGAGCCUCCACGCUGCUUCCCUGGCUCCACUGACCCAAGGUGCCCCAAACCAACGACGCCUGAGCCACCACGCUGUUUCCCUGGCUCAGCUGACCCCAGAUGUCCCAAGCCAACGACCCCUGAACCUCCUCGAUGCUACCCGGGUUCACCUGAUCCUAGAUGUCCACAGCCUCCUCGACCUACAACUUUAACGCCACCUACAUAUUUACCACCAGUAACGCCUGAAUUUAAAUGCUAUCCAGGUUCAUCGGACCCAAGGUGUCCACAACCAACUACCCCAGCUCCUCCAAGAUGUUUCCCUGGCAGUACAGAUCCCAGAUGCCCGAAACCAACAACACCAGCACCUCCUAACUGUUACCCUGGAAACACGGACCCGCGUUGUCCCAAACCAACAACUCCUGAGCCUCCACGCUGCUUCCCAGGCUCAACUGAUCCAAGAUGUCCCAAACCAACGACUCCUGAGCCACCACGCUGCUUCCCAGGUUCAACAGAUCCUAGGUGCCCUAAACCAACAACCCCAGCACCUCCAAACUGUUACCCCGGAAACACUGACCCGCGUUGUCCCAAACCAACGACACCUGCUCCACCAAGGUGCUUCCCUGGCUCAACUGACCCAAGAUGUCCAAAACCAACGACUCCUGAGCCACCACGCUGCUUCCCAGGUUCAACAGAUCCUAGGUGCCCUAAACCAACAACCCCAGCACCUCCAAACUGUUAUCCUGGAAACACUGAUCCGCGUUGUCCCAAACCAACGACUCCUGCACCUCCCAGAUGCUUCCCAGGUAGCACUGACCCAAGAUGCCCAAGGCCUACGACUCCGGAACCACCGCGGUGCUUCCCAGGAUCAACUGAUCCCAGAUGCCCCAAACCUACUACACCAGCACCUCCGAAUUGUUACCCUGGAAACAAUGACCCCCGUUGUCCUAAACCAACGACUCCUGAGCCACCACGCUGCUUCCCAGGAUCAACUGAUCCUAGGUGUCCUAAACCAACAACGCCAGCACCACCAAACUGUUACCCCGGAAACACUGACCCACGUUGUCCCAAACCAACAACACCAGCUCCACCAAGAUGCUUCCCAGGUAGCACCGACCCAAGAUGCCCCAAACCAACUACUCCAACACCACCUAAACCAGUCUGCUACCCAGGUUCUCCGGACCCUAAGUGUCCCCAACCUCCACGACCAACAACCUUAACUCCUCCCACUUAUUUACCACCAGUAACACCAGCACUCAAAUGCUUCCCUGGUUCUACUGAUCCCAGAUGCCCCAAACCCACAACUCCUGCCCCUCCUAAUUGUUAUCCUGGUAAUACAGACCCCAGGUGCCCGAAACCUACUACACCAGCACCUCCUAACUGUUACCCAGGAAACACUGAUCCUCGUUGUCCUAAACCAACGACGCCUGCUCCACCAAGGUGUUACCCAGGCUCCACUGACCCCAGAUGUCCAAAACCAACAACUCCUGAGCCACCACGCUGCUUCCCUGGCUCAACUGACCCUAGGUGUCCAAAGCCAACGACUCCUGCUCCACCACGCUGCUUCCCAGGUUCAAAUGACCCCAGAUGCCCCAAGCCAACCACUCCUGAACCUCCGCGAUGCUACCCAGGUUCGCCCGAUCCCAGAUGUCCACAGCCACCACGACCUACAACUUUAACACCUCCAACAUAUUUGCCACCAGUUACCCCGGAAUUUAAAUGUUAUCCAGGUUCAACAGACCUUAGAUGUCCGCAACCGACAACACCCGCUCCUCCAAAAUGUUUCCCUGGAAGUACAGACCCGCGUUGUCCUAAACCAACGACACCUGCUCCACCAAGGUGCUUCCCAGGCAGUACCGACCCCAGGUGUCCUAAGCCGACGACUCCUGAGCCACCUCGCUGUUUCCCAGGAUCAACUGAUCCCAGAUGCCCCAAACCCACGACCCCAGCACCUCCAAAUUGUUACCCUGGAAACAAUGACCCCCGUUGUCCUAAACCUACGACUCCUGCCCCACCAAGGUGUUUCCCUGGUUCAACUGACCCAAGAUGUCCGAAACCAACGACUCCUGAACCACCACGCUGCUUCCCAGGUUCUACUGAUCCUAGGUGUCCUAAACCAACAACGCCAGCACCACCAAACUGUUACCCCGGAAAUACUGACCCGCGUUGCCCUAAACCAACAACACCAGCUCCACCCAGAUGCUUCCCAGGUAGCACCGACCCAAGAUGCCCCAAACCAACUACUCCAACACCACCCAAACCAGUCUGCUACCCAGGUUCUCCGGACCCUAAGUGUCCCCAACCUCCACGACCAACAACCUUAACUCCUCCCACUUAUUUACCACCAGUAACACCAGCACUCAAAUGCUUCCCUGGUUCUACUGAUCCCAGAUGCCCCAAACCCACAACACCUGCCCCUCCUAAUUGUUAUCCUGGUAAUACAGACCCCAGGUGCCCGAAACCUACUACACCAGCACCUCCUAACUGUUACCCAGGAAACACUGAUCCUCGUUGUCCUAAACCAACGACGCCUGCUCCACCAAGGUGUUACCCAGGUUCCACUGACCCCAGAUGUCCAAAGCCAACAACUCCUGAGCCACCACGCUGCUUCCCUGGCUCAACUGACCCUAGGUGUCCAAAGCCAACGACUCCUGCUCCACCACGCUGCUUCCCAGGUAGCACUGACCCAAGAUGCCCCAAACCAACGACUCCUGAACCACCACGCUGCUUCCCAGGUUCCACUGAUCCUAGGUGUCCUAAACCAACGACCCCAGCACCACCAAACUGUUACCCUGGAAAUACUGACCCACGUUGCCCUAAACCAACAACACCAGCUCCACCCAGAUGCUUCCCAGGUAGCACCGACCCAAGAUGCCCCAAACCAACUACACCCAAACCAGUCUGCUACCCAGGUUCUCCGGAUCCUAAAUGUCCCCAACCUCCACGUCCAACAACUUUAACUCCUCCCACUUAUUUGCCACCAGUGACACCGGCACUCAAAUGCUUCCCCGGUUCAACUGACCCAAGAUGCCCGAAGCCGACAACUCCUGAGCCACCACGCUGUUUCCCUGGCUCUACUGACCCAAGGUGUCCCAAACCAACGACUCCUGAGCCACCACGCUGCUUCCCAGGUUCCACUGACCCAAGAUGCCCCAAACCAACAACUCCUGAGCCACCACGCUGCUUCCCUGGCUCUAAUGACCCCAGAUGCCCCAAACCAACGACUCCUGAACCUCCACGCUGCUUCCCUGGCUCCACUGACCCAAGAUGCCCCAAACCAACGACUCCUGAGCCACCACGCUGCUUCCCUGGCUCUACUGACCCAAGAUGCCCCAAACCAACGACUCCUGAGCCACCACGCUGUUUCCCAGGCUCAAUUGAUCCAAGGUGCCCCAAACCAACGACUCCUGAGCCACCACGCUGCUUCCCUGGCUCUAACGACCCCAGAUGCCCCAAACCAACGACUCCUGAGCCACCCCGCUGCUUCCCUGGCUCUAACGACCCCAGAUGCCCCAAACCAACGACUCCUGAGCCUCCACGCUGCUUCCCUGGCUCAAGUGACCCUAGAUGUCCCAAACCAACAACACCUGAACCACCACGUUGCUUCCCUGGAUCAAGUGACCCUAGGUGCCCCAAGCCAACGACCCCUGAACCUCCUCGAUGCUACCCAGGUUCACCUGAUCCUAGAUGUCCACAGCCACCACGACCGACAACAUUAACACCUCCAACAUAUUUACCACCGGUAACGCCUGGAUUUAAAUGCUAUCCAGGUUCAACUGACCCUAGGUGUCCACAACCGACCACCCAACCUCCUCCGAGAUGUUUCCCCGGUAGCACAGAUCCUAGAUGCCCUAAACCUACAACACCAGCACCUCCUAACUGUUACCCUGGUAACACUGACCCACGUUGCCCUAAGCCAACAACACCCGCUCCACCAAAUUGCUUCCCCGGAAGCCAAGAUCCUCGUUGCCCUAAACCAACAACUCCAGCACCUCCCAGAUGUUUCCCAGGUAGCACUGACCCCAGGUGUCCCAAGCCUACGACUCCUGAGCCACCACGUUGCUACCCUGGAUCGACUGACCCCAGAUGUCCCAAGCCAACGACUCCUGAGCCACCGCGUUGCUAUCCCGGAUCGACUGACCCCAGAUGUCCCAAGCCUACGACCCCUGAGCCACCACGUUGCUACCCUGGAUCGACUGACCCCAGAUGUCCCAAGCCAACGACUCCUGAGCCACCGCGUUGCUAUCCCGGAUCGACUGACCCCAGAUGUCCCAAGCCUACGACCCCUGAGCCUCCACGUUGCUAUCCCGGAUCGACUGACCCCAGAUGUCCUAAGCCAACAACUCCUGCGCCACCACGUUGCUACCCUGGAUCAACUGAUCCAAGGUGUCCCAAACCGGAGCCUUCAACCCCCAGCUCUUGUUAUCCAGGAUCUAGGGAUCCAAAGUGCCCACAGCCGUUUGCUCCAGCUAGCACUAACCCACCUUCAACUUAUUUGCCUCCAUUCCCAGAAGAAAAUGAAAUCAAGUCUUCUAGGAUCAGCAGAUUAGCACCAAAGGACAUUGAUGAAGACAAGUUCAACGAUUAUAUAGAUUCGUUCGAUUCCAAGCGAACAGAACCAAGGUCAAGAAAAGUUCGUGACAUAAGUGGUAGCAGCGAAAGUGCAACGUUUGCAACAAGUGGCACUGCCAUCAUAUACAUUGCCAUGGGAUCAGCUGUAAUCAUGAUUAUGUCAAUCACACUUGCCAUUUAUAUGUACAAAAAUAACAAAAACAAUAAACUAAGAACUGCGUUUGUAAAUUCAACUGCGCAAAGCCCUUGUUGA